AUGGCAAUCACUAAUGAAACUUCUAUCAUUACUCUAUCAGCACCAACAAAUUUCCCCAUUAAACUUACUUCAACCAACUUCCCAGUCUGGCGUAAGCAAGUUUACGCUACGCUCAUAGGACUUGGUCUGGCCGGUUACGUUGACGGAACAACCGCAGCUCCUGCGGCAUUUUCGGAUACUGCAUGUACAACUCCAAAUCCUGCCUAUCAAAUUUGGUAUCGCCAAGACCAAAUUCUUCUUAGCGCACUCCUGGGGAGUUGCUCGGACACCAUUCAGCCAGUUCUUGCCUCAGCCACUACUGCUGCAAACGCUUGGGAUAAAUUAACAGCAAGCUUUGCCAAUGCUUCUCGUGGUCGUGUUAUAUCUUUGAAGUCCAAACUUGCAAACAAUCCUCGUGGGUCAAAGUCUAUCUCUGACUAUUUGCAAGAGAUGCAGACACUUGCUGACAAUCUAGCCUUGGUUCAAGCUCCGGUCGCAGAUGAGGAUCUGGUUGCACAUACCUUGUCUCAAAUAGGAGAUGACUUUCAUUCGGUCACAUCAGCAAUCCAUGCAAGAGAAACACCUAUCUCUUUUUUGGCGCUCCGUGAGAUUUUACUAGACUGUGAGCGUCGUAUGAAGAGUAAUGAAGAGGUGCAGCAAACUCUAUUGGCCACGGCGAAUGUCGUGCAGCGAAAUAGGCCGAAGAAUUUCCAGAAUGGGAGGUCCUUUCAUGGCCCAAAGACAGAUAAUAUGACUAACUCAAAUUGGCGGCCUGCUGGCAGUCAGAGUCGCUUUCCUGCUAGUGGAGAUUGGAAUGGUAAGGUCUGUCGUUUUUGUCACAAUUCUGGGCAUGAAACUUGUGUUUGUAGGAAACUUGCACGCUUUCUACGAGAGAACAAUGUUAGACUGGAUAACAUUCAAGCAUUCAAUUCUACUCAGACCCCUGUUGUUAAUUCCACUACCACUACACCACCAAUUGAUUCUACUCAGUGGCUAUUUGAUAGUGGCGCAUCCCAUCAUGCUACAUCAAAUCUAGCUUCCCUACAGAAUUUUUCGGAUUACGGUGGUCUGGAUGAAAUUUUGUUGGGUGAUGGUAAAAGUCUUAACAUUUCUCACACUGGUCAUACUACUUUUCCUACCAAUGGUCGUGAUCUUUCAUUGUCUGGAGAUCUUGUGACGGGGGCGCCGUUACUCAAGGGGGAAAACAAUCAUAAUGUUUAUUGUGCUUCUGUGUCUACACAUCCACAAUUAAACGUUACAGUUUCCACAUCUCUUCCAGAUUGGCAUCAUCGCUUCGGGCAUCCGUCAAAUAAAACUCUAAGUCUAUCUGAUCAACCGAUUGCCUACUCCUGUCCUAGCCAAUCAGUCUCCAUUCCAGGUAUUGUUUCAGUCUUCUCCUAA